AUGUUGCCAAAGAUUACCAAGUACAGUCCCGUCAAUAGCGGCUCCCCCUCGCCAAGGGAGUCGCUUUCACUGGACCAGAUGGAAAAAAUGAAUUGCCCUGAGCGGAUGCGAUUUUAUGGACGAAAGAGGCACGAAAAGGCUUCUACGCUCUUCAGAUUCACGGCACCAUGGCUUGUUAGUGUUGUACUGGCUUUGACGAAUCUGCUAUGGCUCUGGGCAUUUCUCAAGCAGCAGAGACCGCGAGAAAGUGUAUCCCAUCAGUCCUGGAUGCCACCUGACAUUGCGAAACCUCUGCUCUUUGAGUUCAAGACUCUGUACGGAACUGGCCUGAACAACGAGUCAGAAACAGCAUGGAAUGCCCUGAUGCCAGUCGAGCAAAAAGCCAUGGUAUCCGUCUUUCAUCAGCUACACUGUCUGGUCCGUGCACAGUACAUGACGCGGGAAGGAUACUACAGUGCGCUCGAGGGCAACCCCGGCCAAGUGAGCAGCGCCCAUCUCAUGCACUGCUUUGACUACUUGCGGCAGACGAUAAUGUGCUUUGCCGACACAACACUCGAGUGGCUUCCGGCGCCUCCGAAAGAUAUAGGCAGCACGGGAUGGGGGUUCGAGCAUAAAUGUAGGGAUUUUGAUGCAAUCUCGCGCUGGGUGGAAGAUAACAGACUGAAAACAACACAUGGAAUCCAUUAG